GAGUGUAAGCCGAGGAGACGCGGAGCUCAUGCAGUGUUUCUCCCAGUCCGUGAACUCAGUGUGUACCUGUCGACACGUUACCGGCAGCGGCAGCUUUAAACUCCAUAUCCGAAAUUUUAACAAACCCGUAGUCUCCGUGGAAAAAGAACAACAAGCAGAAGAAUGAGUAUGAACUUUUGAACGGUCACUCAAGUAUCGCUGUGUUCCAGCAGAGCUAGUGAAUGAAAGAUUUAAAAACUGUCUACAAGAAGGAGCCAGACAGAGAAGGGAACUGCGACUCAUGUUUUAAGUCAGUGCAGCGUUAUGGGUUUCACCACACAGCCCUGCCUUCUCUGUUGCCAAAUGAUGAUAUCAAGAGGUCAGGAUUUCUUAUUGUUGUCUGGCAAUUCCUUAUUAAUUCCACACUGAGCGGGCAUAUUUCUUUUCAGUGAGUGCAACAUGAACAAAAGCAUGCAUUCAAACCAAUCAUAUCACAAUGCCACCUGCAAUGACACUCUCACUGUGAAUGGGGAUGGCAAGCCUGCAACGAGCAUCAUCAUGUUUUUGGCUGGUGUGGGGGGAAACCUCCUGGCUCUCUUCAUCCUCGGAGUACACCAGAAGGAGCAUCGCUCCAGAUCCUCUGUUUUCUGUAUCCUGGUGACUGGCCUGGCACUCACCGACCUGCUGGGCACCUGUCUCCUCAGCCCACCUGUGUUCAUCUGCUAUGCCUACAACAUGUCCCUGAUACGUCUGGGCAGUGAAGACCUGUGCAAUCUAUUUGGCUUUGCCAUGAGUUUCUUUGGCCUGGCACCCACGCUCAUCCUGUGCACUAUGGCUGUGGAGCGCUGCCUGGCCAUCAGCCACCCUUACUUUUACUCUGUACACAUCCGGCGCAGCUUUGCCAAAUUCGCUCUUUUCUUUAUUUACCUCUUUUCUUUGGUCUUCUGCCUCUUGCCAUUAUUUGGCUAUGGCAAAUUCAGACAGUAUUGUCCUGGGACGUGGUGCUUCAUUGACAUGGAUGCGACAGGGGAUGACAAGGCCACCUUGGUGUUGGCCUUCUCUCUGUCCUACUCAUCCCUCAUGGCACUGCUGAUCUUGGCGGUGUUUGUGUGCAAUGGUUCAGUGAUUGUCAGCCUGUGCCAGAUGCACCGGAGCCAGAUGAUGCGGCGCGGCUCUGUUGGCUCAACGGGGAGAAGGAGGAGGCUGAGCCUGGCCUGGUUCGGACAGGGGGAAGAGGAGAUGGACCACUUGGUUCUGCUGGCGCUCAUCACUGUCAUCUUUGUGGUCUGCUCCCUGCCGCUCACUAUUGCAGGCUUUAUCAACGCCAUUCACCCUUUUGGUGGUGACGCAGAGAACCUGACAGCCUUCCGCUUCUACGCCCUCAAUCCCAUCGUGGAUCCCUGGGUCUUCAUCAUCUGCCGGAAGUCUGUGUUUCGCCACCUUUGCUCUCUGCUGAGCUGCCGUUUCAGCAGAGGAGCUGUGAAGACGACAGCACACUGUGCUCUGUCUUUUCCCCUUGACAAUCACAUACAGCGCAACCCCCCAGACGGGACAGUUCCACAGACCAACCUGUACUCCAAUUUACCUCCGUGACCCAACAGAAACCCUCGGCUGUGCAGGGGGACUGGGAGGUGGGAAACUUUCAUGCCUGAUAAAACAUUGGAGCAAAUUUGUGAAAUAAAAACAUUUUGCAUAAAGGAUUCCUCCACUCACCUAUUUUAAGGCACAAAAACUUUGGCAAAGAAGUAUCUGUCACAAUGGAAAUCUAUAUGUGGCCGUUACAGUUUCCCUAUGAAUGAACUCUGGAAAAAAUGAUUGCACUAGGUCUUAAACUUUCAUUGACUGAUGGAAACUGUUGCAAGGAGAGUUGUGCCAUAACACAAACAGCACUGUAACUUAGCACUAAGGAACACAUCAAACCAUAUCAUGCCUAUGAAUAAUAUACUGUAAAAUCAGAAUAUAUGCCUCGGGUAAAGCUGCAUGGGUAAACAACAUGCAUGAAUGUAUACUGUCUUCUUUUUUCUCUCAGCUUUUUCUUUAAGACACAGCCAGGUAACUCUUGGUUAAUGGAUUGUCCACAUCUGCAGCAUCUAUGACAUGAGAUGCUUGUCACACUUAACAUGAAGAUGAUCUAUUUCCCUCGCUGUCAUCGCUGGGGUCUAUGACAUGUUAGUCUAUUUCCCCUGAACAGAAUUAUAAUGUAUCCAUCAGUGACCAGUGAGUGUGGUCCAAGAGACAGGUAUUUUAUUCAAGUGAGCAGAAGUUAAUGAAAAGUUAAGGAAUCACCAAAGUUAUCACAAUUCAUCCUCUUGGCACCAAACAGUAGAUAACUGUACCAAAUAUAGCAAUCCAUCCAAUAGUUGUCAAGACAUUUGACUCAAAACCAAGAAUGUGAACCUCAUGGUGGUGUUUGAAGAGAGUCAGUAGGCUUCAUCUUCACGGGAAAAUGAACGUCUGUACAGAACUUUAUGGCCAUCCAUUCAAUAGUUGUUGAGAUAUUUCAGUCUGGACCAAAGUGGUGGACCGACAGACCGACAUUGCCAUCUCUAGAGCGACAGUGGUUUUCUAAAAUACAAAUCUUGAAUUUGGAUAAGUUACUUCUAUAGAGUGCAAGUGUGGGUUCCAGCUGUGCAUUUACAUCAUACCUGUGAAAAUGGUCCUAUCAGAAAGUACUGACUCAUAGCACAGCACUGUUCCACCUGCAGCACAGAUUGCUAGUACUAUGAAACAUGAACAUCUAAUAUACAGUAUGUGCUAAUAAAUUAGAAUCUCAUCUUUAAGGGGCUGUGGUCAGUUCAAAAAGGAACAACCUGUGUUAAAAACCUCCUGUCCAGACGAUAAUGUCACUGUAUUACAUUAACAUUUGAUUCCACCCUUCCUUCUCAUUCUCACUGAUUUCUAAGCUACCUGUGAUGAUUAUCUGCAAAUGUUCUUUUAAGAGCCUCUUGCGUUUGAAAAACUCUGUUGCUGCAAAAUGCACAAUGAGAAUUAGCCCUUUGCUGUUGUUUAUAAAAUGUAAAUGUAGUGUAUUUAUGCCUUUUCACUGUGCUAUAAUGUUGUGUAUCCUUGCAAUGUUGUUGCUUUGGUCUAUACAGUGGAAUACAGAAGUAGAGGGAUAACACAUGGUGAUUUGAGUUUAUUUAUUUUUUUGUUUUGGCUGUGUUGCACUUUCACUUUUCGCUUUAUAGUCCAUAAAUGCUCAGUCCUGCAGAUCUGAGGUAAGUCAGACACAUUACCAUUUGCACGUUCGGUCUUUGAGGGUAUACAUAUUUGAGCUAUACAUCCAUUAAAAUGAAUGAAAGAAUACAUUUUUAGAAAAAACAAAACAUUUAUUCAUUAUAUGGUACACAUUUUGCUCAUGUGAAAUAAAGUAUUAAUAAAAGAAAAAACUGUCUCACAACUUAUGUCUGUGUAUGUUCCCAAAGAGAGAUGAGAUAUGAACAGUGUUUAUGCUGAUUUUGUGAUGUUUAACAAUACUACAUAAUAAAAUAACAUACUGCUCUCUAUCUCAGUUCAUGUAUAGUUCUUGACUGUCAUGUCACCUCAAUACAUUUGCUGUGUGUUUACAGUGUAUGAAAUGGAAGCAGUGACAAGAUAAUCGACAUUUAUUGGACCUGUGGUGCUCCGUUUUAUAAGACUGUAGCCAUUUGGAGAUGUCGAAAGCUACUUUUAUUAAACAAUUUGGGGAAAAUGAAGUGUCAUUAAGUUACAUGGCAACCAAAAUACAGUACAGUAGUUCAUGUAAUUGACUGUUGAGUUACUUUGGAAAUGAUACGCUGAAAUGAAAUACAUGAAAUACAUGUGAUUGGUGUUUUGGAGAUACAUCAGCAACAUUCAGAUUCCUAUUAAACUCUCUGUUCUUAUUUAUAUGUUCAAAAUUUAGCAUGACAUUUUAGAGGGCACUGCCUUUUUGUUGGCAAAAUAUUUUUGUGGUAUGUUAUGAAUUAAUGAACCCUUCAGCAAUCAGUCGUGUCAUGAGUCCUGCUUUUGAAUUUCAAUUUGACAAAAGCACAAACAUGUAAAAUGAUGUCAGCAUAAUUAAUUAGCGGUGUGUGUAAGUGUAAAUUUCUAAAAUGUGACAUGUUUACAAAUAGUCAGACGUGUGAUUCAGAGUAAUAGCAAGCUAAAGUGUUGAAACGAACAUAAUAUUUACAUUUGAAAGUACUGGUUUGUGUGUGAAAUAAUGGGGGCUCAUGCAAAUAAAAAUGACAUGCAACAUUAACAAUACUCAAUUCAAGAGCUGAAUGAUGACAGCUUAUGUAAACAGUUUCAUUUUUAUGUAUUAAUAUUGGUUUGCCAUCUAUAGAAACUCAUGAUUUAGUUAUAUAUUGAUAUGAUAUAAAAGUUUGUUAAAAAAAAAACAGCAGAGCAGUAACUGGUACUGCAGCACCACUAUGUGGUUAACUAGUGUACACUUCCAAAACUGGAUGCAUUUCUAAGUCAUAGUUUCUCCUCAGGCAACCACUCUUCAAUGACAGUAUUGUUGGCAAGGAUUAAGUUAAUAUGCUGUAAAUCAAUUUCCAGUCUUGAGUUGCUCAACAAAAGAUCACCCAUGGGGUUUGAGAGAGUAAGAAUUCACAUACAAGACUAAUUAGGAUGUGGCUCAUGUGGUUUGUACAGCAGCUAAGUUGACAUACACAGGCUACAUGUAGGGAAAAAUGACUUAUUAGUAAUGAACCAUGUAAAGAAACAUUUCUAUGCAAGCUUUUACAUCAUGAAUAUUUAAGUCCAGAAUUCCUGUGCAGUCAUUUUAGUCUUUGUUGAACAGUCCAUACCCCCACAUGCACGGUAUUGUUUUUUCCAGCACAAACUCAGUUAUAAGUGGGACAUUUGUCAAUUCAACUAAAUAUAAAGCUGGGAGGGAAUCCAAAACACAAGAAAAAUGACCCAGGCGCAGAUUGUUUUUUUUUUUUAGAAAUCUUUAGUGA